GGCACGGCUCAGCGUCACAGGCACACGUACAGGGGGAGAGGGAGGGACUGUGAGCUGCAUCCGCGCUGCCGCUGCGCACAAAACAAACAUCCGUGUGUCAACAGACAACUGCCAGCGUCCCCCCCCCCCCUCGGUGCAGCUGGAUUUACUGUGGCGUCUGCUGCAGCUGCAAGGAGGUAGACUGGAGCUGGAAGAGACACUGCAACAGGAAGGUCAGGAGAGGAGGACUGAGUCCGCGGAGGCAGAGAGGCAUCGGGACCCCUGUCCGAACACCGGGACCCGCCCGGCCGCAGCUUCCCCGCUGCGCUGGUUCUCACCGUCUGUCACAGCUGUCAUCCAGAGAUGCCAAAGAGCGAAUUGAGGGAAGACCCAUCUGGUGAAGACUGAAUGAAAAGACGUGAGUAAAGGAACAAUACAAGAGGGGCAAGAGGCAAACAAGGAGGGGAAAGAAUCCAACAGAGGAGAGCAAAAGGAAGCAGAAGGAGGAGAAAAGGGAACGUACACAAAGUCCUGAAAGAGACGGACAGGACUGAAAGUGAAAGAGAGGAAACCACACAAGACAAACAAUCUGGGAGCUUUGGAAAGGUAGGAGGGGAAAGCGAGGAACUAGUUUAGGGAGGGAAGAAACAUCUGGAUGGUCUCCUCAGUAACGGCCAGCAGGUCACCCCCUCUCCGAAGAUGGCCUCCAACUUCAACGACAUCGUCAAGCAGGGCUACGUACGCAUGCGCAGCCGCAAGCUGGGGAGCUUCAGUGGUGACAGCAUUAUUGUCUCUGAUGAGGACUGCAACCCAGGGCCAAGCACAGACCGGGACAGGACCAGGACCGGCCUGGGGUCGAGGCGAAGCAGAGGAGGGAGGGCUGCCGGGCUGGAGGCAGAAGACUGGUUUAAGACACUGUCGAUCGAGUGUCUGGGCACACGGCUGAAUGACAUCAGUAUGGGAGAGCCUGACCUCCUGGCUGCUGGAGUGCAGUGUGAACACACCGAGCGUUUCAACGUGUUCCUCCUCCCCUGUCCCAACCUGGACAUCUAUGGGGAGUGCAUGAUGCAGAUCACCCACGAGAACAUUUACCUGUGGGACAUUCACAACCCUCGCACCAAGCUGGUCACCUGGCCACUCUGCUCCCUGCGGCGCUACGGACGCGAUGCCACCCGCUUCACCUUCGAAGCCGGACGGAUGUGUGACAGCGGCGAAGGCCUCUACACCUUCCAGACCAGAGAGGGAGAGCAGAUCUACCAGAGGGUCCACUCCUCUACGCUGGCCAUAGCAGAGCAGCACAAAAAGGUCCUGCUGGAGAUGGAGAAAACCAGCAGGUUGAGGGUUGAGGGUAUGGGUUCAGAGCCUGGCUCCUACCCCUGCACCCCCACCGCCAUCCUGCCCCGAUCCGCUUACUGGCACCACAUCACUGGAAACCAGACCGGCAUGGAUCCUGGCAGCGGUGAUGCUGCAGAAGACGACCUGCUGUCCACUCGCCUGCCCGCCGACCGCCAUGCCACGCUGCCCCUGGCAAACACACAUGCACAGUCCCAGCCACACAUACACUCAUACUCCCCGACACACUACCCCACCUACCCUGGACAGUGACACACACACAGAGACGAAUGCAUGCAGCACACACAAUUCACUGAAAGAAACACACACUCUUCCUUCUUAUAUUAGUUUUACAGCCCAACGAUACACCUCACAGGAGAUGUUGUAGGCGGGACUAACACUUGCCAAACGACCAUCCUGAAUGCAGAAAACAGAAAGUGAAAACUAAGUUCCACAAAAGACUGCAAGGAGAAUGGGCUUCCUUACAUGACAGCAGCUCCCACAAUUCCACAGUAGGGGAUAUUUGACGUGUUUCCACACUCAGGCUGAGGACCUUGGAAUAUGUUGUGUACUGAUUAAAGUAAGGACUAAAAGAUCUUAGUAUGCUUAAAACCACCUAGAUUGUAUUACAUGUUGUCCAACAGGUCUAAAAGGAGAAGUGUCUCCAGCUGGGCCACUCUCGAAGGUGCAGCAAAAAGCCUUAAAGAGCAAUUUAUAGGGAUUCUUUUUACUGAAUUUACCACAUCUUUUUAUGGUUUAAAUAGUAAAUCUAUGGCAGUACGAGAUUUAGCUGAUAGCACAUGUUACAACAUUAUGAAAUGAAACCACACAUUAUUGGCUUUUGUUAGCUAAUGCUGGUCACUCACCGAGACACCAUUUUCAACCUCAUCAGUGUCAAAAUUUGCACGGGGAUCCAUAUUUAUUAUUGUUAAAAUCGGCCUAGCUUGUACAAUUUCUCUGUUUUGAGGAAGAAGUGAAAACUGAUGUCGCUGAAGUGUACAGUAAACCAGUAACCCUUGACCUAAUAAUUUUACUAGGAAGUUUCAUGGAGAGAACUGUGUAAUUUGGUCCUACAAGAAAAAAUCUCCAUUUAAAUCCAAUUUAAAAUUAAUUUUCUUAUUCAUUCAUUAUUGGAAACUUUGCUUUCCAUAUAUGUUGAAUACUGUCCCAAACCAUGUGUUGAUAUUGCAUUUUGUGCAACUCACUGCGUCGAGACUUCAGAGCAGGCCUUCCACUCCACCUUCGAAUGUGGCCAUUUGGAACACUUGUGCGAUGUGUUUGAUGACAUAUCGUAGAACAUAGUUAAUUUGAGGCAUAAUAAACCCUUUACAAACAAACCUAUCUUGUUACAAAUCUAGAUUUGGUAGUUUUUUAGUGAGGAAUCUGUGAAAUGCAAAAUUUUGGUCACAUUUCCAAUAUUUUUUAUAUGGCUAUACAAUGUUCAAGUUUUAGUUUCUUACCCCAAGACUGACACAAGUUCCAAAUGGCUGCCAUGGGAUUAAUGUCAAUAAGGCCUAGUGUGUUAGAUUGAAUACUGCUUGGACUGGGACUGCAUGGUGCCUUAAAUAGCACCAUAUGGACUGUGCUAUCAUUGGAACGUUCCCAGUGUACCUGUACCAGCUGACACUCUUGUAUGAAGAAUACUUGAUCAUUUCACUGUAUGUCCACAUCUGGAUCAAUGCCUUUGAUUUUGCUGAUAACUGAUGUGACUUUGCAGUUACUGGAUCUGUUUGCUGUGCUGAGAUUUUGAACCACUCCGAAUUAUGACUGUUCAUUUUCAUGGAUUGGCUUCUGUACAAAACUGGAUAUUCACCCUUCAGACUUUCUCUGGGAUGUAUGCUAUCUCACCUCCUGGUAGCCACAUCCUUCUAUUGAGCUGUAUUUGCACGACCAUCUUAUUGUUUUAGAUUAUUCAAAGGUUAGAGGUGGAAGAGGGCUUAACAUUUAGAGGUCAACAUAUACAGAUAUCUGAAAGCCCUAAUGAUACAUGUGGAUUGAACCUGCCAAUAACUGAUAUUCAGUGUCUUUACAUUUGACCCCUUGAAUGCCAGAUAUUCAUUUUCCGUCAUUGUUUAUUCCUGACUAGAAUAACAAAACCCUAAAUCUCCACUGAAACACCGGAGAAAAUAGGAAAACAUUGGUGUGCACGGGCUCUCUUAAGGGCUGAGAUGGAAAUGAAACAGGGGCAUCUCUUCCUUAGGGUCAGGGUUCUGUCCUAAUGUCCCACUAACUGAAGGGAUGCAAGGGAACCUGGGCUGCCUACAGGGGCACUCAAGUGACUCAAAUGCCCUAUAUGAUAUGCUACAUCAAGUCCAAAAAUGAAGAAUGGAAAUGAUUUCAAACAUGGUUAAAAUUACCCCCCCCCCAUCCCCCAAAGAUCACACCAGGGCAGCACUUGAGCAUAUUUGGGUCAACCUGAAUGGCACUUGGACUGACUAGAGGGGCACUUUGACCUCUCAAGUACCUUAUUUUGUGAAAAAAGGGAAAAAAGAAAGGGGAUAAUUAUUAUUACUAAUAAUAGUAAUAAAGCAACAAUAUUGCUCAAAAGAAGGCUGACAGGGCAAGAAGUCAGAUGAUCACACGGGGUUUAAACAGGCCCCAGGUUAACAUAUUUAGAAGAGGAAAUGAAGAUGCACAGUUAAAUUAUGACCUAAACUUUUCUACUUCAAGUUCUGGUACCUGACCUGAACAUGUCUAGUCCUGACAGAUUAUCAAAUUUUGGGUUGGGUUGGGGCUUGUGUCUUGUCAUUUUCAAAUGAAAUGUAUUUAAAUAUGGGGAACACAUAAGAGACAGCCAAUGUGUUGCAUUAGAGUGGCGAACUCACAGUCAGCAAUGGAUGAAGUAAAGCAAAAAAAUUAGUAGAGGUCUUGGGACGAGGUUUGGGUCUCAAAUUUGAUAGUACCAGUGGGGUUCAGGUCAGGUGUGAAAAAUGCAGGGAAGGGCUGGGUUCUGUUCUCAAAUUUAGGCCCAAGCAAAAUUCAGCUAUAGUUCUGAUUCAGAUUUCCUGUCGAAUCAGGAAUGUUUUUUGCAUUCAGUUUUACCUCCAAUGUGGUUUAUAUAAUCUGGUUAGACUGUUGGUUUGUUAACAGCCUGUCUGAUCAUCUAAAAGUAGUUUUUGCUUCAUUGUCACUUUUCAACAUCUCAUUAAUGAUUUAAUUGAGUACAAGAUUAAAAUGAUAAAAUGCUAAACAUUCUCAAAAGCAGAAUUGCCCUUAAAUAAUGUCGUCAUUCACAAGAGGGUGUAGCAUUAUUGGCAUCGUUAAAAGGUCAAAGUCUUCCCAUAAAGGCUGUCAAAGGAGAAAGACAGAAAAGAAGAUGCUGUAGUCUUUCAUCAGGACAGCUUGACUUUGCUGCAGACUGCCUUUGCCUUCUAUUACACUUUGUUUGACAAAGAACUUUGGUAUUCAUUUUGUUGGGUGGGAGAUGAUAAGCAUACCAGGAAGGACCGGCUGCCGUGACAAUACAGGUUGGAUCAUGUUUUUCUGAUCAUGGGCUCAUACGGGCGAUCAUCCUUUGAGUGCUGCUUUAUGAUUCUGUCAUAAGGGUUUAAGACUGUUAAUCCGACAGUGGAGAGUUUACCACAGAAAUGUGACGUCCCGGAACACUGACCAUCUGUACACCAUUAUAAAAUGCCUCAUAUGUGGAUUGUGUCUAGAUCUGAUUAAGCUUGAUUAAUCCUGGAAUCCUUGUGCAAUUUACAUUUCAUGGUUUGUGGUUUUUAUGUAAUUUUAACAUGACAGGGCUAAGCAUUUUGUUGGUUGUUUACAUGAUGUAAGUAGAUAUGUGUGUUGAUGUGUUUUGUGUACUUUGUAUAACUUGAGUUUUCUGCCCCCUUGAGAGAGUGUUGUACAGAUUGCUAUUUAUUUCGUAUGAAAUGUGUGUGUGUGUGUGAGUGAGUGAGUGAGAGAGGGAGAGAGAGAGAGUUGACAUGAGGGUUUAUUGGAACAUGUGUUCAUUUAAAAUACAGACGCCAUAUUUUUGUACCUUGUAAUGUUGAACAGGAAGAUGAACACACGAGUUGAGUUCCACAUUUAUGUGUGGCUCUUCACACAUAAAUCUGCACCUGAGUGAACAACAAGAACGCAUUUACCAUUCUGUCUUCAGCAUCGUCCCCUCUCACAGAGAUUAAUCACAGUCACAUCCUCUCUGUUCAUGCCUGUGCCAUGCUGCGGAUUGUGUUUGUUUUGUAAGGAAACUGUAGCAGUAGGAAUCCUACGGAGAGGUGUUUUAUAAAGAACGAUCGGAAAAGCAGGGCAUAUUAUAAAAAAGCUGUCUUGAAUCAGCUCAAUAAACUGAAUUAGGAUUAAGCAGUUACAUAAAGCCAAGUUAGAGCUAAUGAGAUCAGACCAAGUCAAGUCUGGUUUUAGAGCAGCUCGUUCAAGACUAAAACACAGACCUGAAACAUCAAUCACAGAUCAGUAACAGUAAAGAAAACACAUGUAAAGACAAAACUGUGAUGUUCACAGCAACAGAGCAGCACUUUUUAAACAGAUAAUAGUAUAAAAUAAGAAAAUAAUAAAGCAAAAAACAAACAGAAAAUUGACAGCCAUAAACAACGUAGACUUUUGGCAGCAUGUUCUGUACCAGUUAGAAAGUCCGACUCUAUUUCAAGUAGAGAUGAACUCAGAACCCAUGAACUCUUCUGUUAGCUCAGUUUGUUAGAGCAUUCUGCUUGUAAUCAUGCCAUCUUUUUUCUCAGAUCCUGUUUGAGACAAUAACAAUGACAAUAAUUAACUUUGAUGCAUCAAGUGGGGCCCAAAAUAGGAUGAUUUACAGUUUAGUGGAUGUAUCAUACUUGGUUUGUACAAGUGACAUAAUAGCCUUUGGAUGAUGAAAGUAAUGUUUAAAGAACUUACGUCUGGUUGUCUUUGAUUUAAUUUGUACCAUUUUAUUUUAGCAUGUUAGCAUGCUUACAUUUGCUGAUAAGCUCUAAACACAAAGUACAGAUGAGACUGAUUGUUAUGUCAUUAAUUUUAAAGUAUUGGACAAAUUUAAAUUUUGACCAGAUGAUGGCGCUACAUGAAAGGUCAGAGGAUCACCAACAUUAAAAAAAAUAAGAUUUUAAAUGCCUCUACAUGAUUCCAUUGCAAUCCUUCCAAUAGUCGUUUUCAUUUCAUUUCUACCUGCUGGUGGCACAAGAGAGGAUCACCAACAUUAGUACGAUACAUCGUCUGGAAACUGAUGUGAAUCUUGGUACCAAAUUUUGUAUUAAUCCAUCCUGUAGAUUUUUAGCUAUUUUACUAAAUAAUACCUGCUUGUGGCAUGAGACGAAAAGUCAGAAGAUUACCAUUGUCAUUAGGAUUCAUAAUAAGUAGACCAUGAAUAUCUGUAAAAAAUGUCCAGCCCGUCCUCACCAUAAAAAUGGCUGUAUAGGUCGACUGUGCAAGCAGCUUAUUGUGGGCGUCACUGGCAAUCAACUUAUUCGGUUGUUUAAAAAUGUCAUAACAAUCUAUCCAAUAUUUGUUGAAAAAGACCUCUAAAUAACCCUGAUUUACUGGUAAUAUUGUUUUAUAAAACACCCCUCUGAGUGUGCUAAAAUGCUAAGUGGAAGAGAUGAUUGAUGGAAAUGUCUGGGAUAAAGGAUGGAUAUUUAUACAACAACAGUUUUCCACCUGGUUUAAAACCACCAGGCAGUUAUAGUGUAUGUUUGUGAUUGUUGUGUUAUCACAAUGACAGUGUCAGCUCAGCUAGGACCUCCUCUUAGCUUAGUAACCAAUGACAAAUGUUGUUUUCACCCAUUGUCUACACCAAUUGCAUGUUUUGUAGAAAAAUAAAGUCCAUUACUUACUCAGCA